ACGAAGAAAACAAAUCACGCCUGCGGACGAAUAUAAAAGAACUUGAAAGAAUAUUCCAAGAACGGCCGUCGGGAUUUCGUUGUCGCGUCAGGUGCAGAAGGUGCAGCUCGAACAGGCAGACGUGUGUACAUCCGUUUCGCGCUGACUUGCGCAAAGAUAGUUUACGCGUGGAACAAGGCGAAGGAGGAAGGGAGAGAGGAAUCGCGCGAGGGCAGCGAUAAUCGACGCACGCUUGGUGGGAGUGAAACCGUAGCGGGAUCGACGGCGAAGGGCUCUCUCUCUCUCUCUCUCACUCCCUUUCACAUAACAUACUCGAGGAAAACAAGUGCAUCACAGUGACAAUAGACGUCACGGAGCUCGCGUUUGUCGGCGAUCCCGAGCGAGAUCGUGUGCGACCUCCCAGCGGCACGACGUCGAUGAGGCGCGCAUCUGUGUGACCGAGAGAGGUUGCCCACUCACGGGAGAAUGUCGAGCGCAGGUGUACGCGAGUGUAGAUAGGCAGGCAGACGAGAUUCACGAAUGUGCCCGGAGGGGAGUCGAUUCCGUGCGUGUUGUCAGCUCAAGACACGGCGUUGAGGAUACAGGCGGAAUCGCGACCGACUUAUUUCGCAGGCUCACGCUCGAGGAGACGACGGCCUGAAAUACGCGAGAUUUAUCGAGCAGUACAGCCUCUCGGUAUACACAAAGCUGGCCGACUGGCUACACGACGCUUGACUGCGUCGAAAGGAGAGCGUCAACGGGAACGUGGCGGAGUAAACGGAACCAGGGAGGCCACGGGGAACGCGCGUAUGCUGCAUCAUCUGAAGAGGAGCUCGCGAAUGGAGGCACGGGUUGGCGUAUGAAUGGUGUCGCGGUCACAGGGACACACGCGCUCGUGAAUCCGGACAUGAUGUCAACGACCACCGAUAUCAGUAUGCUGGGGGAGACUCCCAAGACAAGCUCCCAGGAAGGCACGCCGAUCUUCCUGCAGACCCGCGCGGCACAGUGCAUCGCAGGUGUAUUCGUAUGGGUGGCGCUCUUUCUCACCUGCCAACAGAUCUAUCAGCAUUUGAGGUGGUACACGAAUCCUACCGAACAGAGAUGGAUAGUGCGAAUUCUCUUCAUCGUGCCCAUCUACGCCACGUACUCCUGGAUCUCGCUGUUGUUCUUCAACAGCGAGAGCUAUUACGUUUACUUCUUCACAGUGCGGGACUGUUACGAGGCGUUUGUUAUAUAUAACUUUCUGUCGCUAUGCUACGAGUACCUAGGCGGAGAGGGCAACAUUAUGUCCGAAAUCAGGGGAAAGCCGAUACGCUCGAGUUGCCUUUACGGGACUUGUUGCCUAGUCGGAAAGACAUACACCAUCGGCUUCCUGAGAUUCUGCAAGCAAGCCACUCUGCAGUUCUGCUUGGUUAAACCGGUGAUGGCGUUCGUCAUCAUAUUUCUGCAGGCCUUCGGCCACUACAGAGACGGAGAUUGGUCCCCCGACGGCGGUUACAUCUACAUCACUGUAAUUUACAAUAUCAGCGUGUCGCUUGCGCUUUACGGGCUGUUUCUGUUUUAUUUCGCUACGAGAGACCUGUUGACACCGUUCGAACCAGUGCUGAAGUUUUGUACAGUGAAGAGCGUGAUUUUCCUGUCGUUCUGGCAAGGAGUUCUAUUAGCUAUUUUGGAGAAGGCGAACGUCAUUUCACCCGUUAUAAAUAGUCUGGGUCAGUCGACGAGCGCGGGAACUGUCUCUGCUGGUUAUCAAAAUUUCUUGAUUUGCAUCGAGAUGUUGUUCGCCGCUAUUGCUUUACGUUACGCGUUCCCGUACCAAGUAUACGCAGCUGGCUGUGUUACGGACUCGAGAGGUAGAAGCGUGACGAUGCAGAGUAUCAGUAGUAGUUUAAAGGAAACGAUGAAUCCAAAAGAUAUUAUGACCGAUGCCAUCCAUAAUUUCCAUCCACAGUACCAACAAUACACGCAGUAUAGCGCCGGGGGCCCGAAAGGACAACGUGGUAUGCGAGUAUCCAGCUACGAUCCGGACGAUCCGCAAAACAUGCCGGUACCACCACCGCAAAGGCGAAACACCUCUCACCAACGUGUCGCCACGAUUUCGCAAAAUUAUAACGAAAAAACGAUGUUACUGAGCAGCGACGACGAAUUUCAAUAAGGUGCAUAGGAACGCGUACAUUACACAUAUACACACAUACAUACACAUAUACACACACACACACACCUACACGUAAACACGGUUCAAAGAGUGCGAAAUCUAAAUUCGAGAAAUGUAUAUCGACAAACGUUGUCACUGUAAACGCGGGACUUCCAUGAACUUCUAGAGAUCUGCUUUCGAAGAAGAUAAAAAAAAACAUAAAAAGAUACGUUUUAUCAUAAGCGAUAUCGAAUUUAAUUACUAGGUAGGAACACGACUCGCUCACGGGAAUACAAAUGACAGAUUUCAAGGGGAAGGAGAGAUGAAAAAGAAAAAAAGGAAACGCGAAGGGAGAAAGAGAGGAGAAGGAAGGGAUGUCGCGCGCGUGCGUGGCGUAAGCAUGCGUUACAUCGCGCUGUAAUAGUUCCAUAAUGUUACAUCCAUGUUAAUAUAUGUAUUAUGUUAUAACAUACGAGUAUAUAGUAUAGAAGAUAUUUAUUUUAAUACGCUGACGUGUUUGAGGCAGUGUUAUUCUAUAUAUCUGUGGCUCUAUUACGACACUGUAAGGGGUGUUCGAUCGCACGAGAUAAAGCUUACACUUCGUGGAUAAGUAAAUGUAAUUGUAUAGUACUUAAUUUUACAGGAUCACGCGUUUACGUACCCGUCUCGAUUCUUUCGUUCUGAUCGAUAAUACGCCUGUCUUGAGCGCCGAUGCUUGUUUAGAUAUUUUUGUAUGUUGGUUUCACUUGAGGAUCAACCUUCUUGCAACGUCGUCUCGCGUCUGUCUCUCCGUAAGGGGUCGAGCCACAUACACAAAAAAAGAAUCUUUGCGUCCUUCUCUACAGUCCUAUGAGAUUAUUCCUUUCUUAGUCUUACAAAAUUCAUACAUGUAUAUAUACCAUUGAAUUAUAUCUGAAAAGAGGAGAAAAAGAUACAGAGAGAUUGACGGAUAUUUCCCACGGAAAUAUUUGUCACGCCGAUGGGAGCCUUUAAGUGUAAAAGAAAAGAAAGGAUAUAUAACAAACACUAGCAAGAAAGUGCAAAAAAACAACUGAUGGGUAUUUUUUUGUGUCGGAUAUGAAUAAAUAUUUGGUAUUUGGUGUCUCAUGUGUACAACUGUGUAUAUCCUUAUAUUUUUUUUUAAAGCGUAACAAAGGAUGAUCGAAGGGGAGAAAAAAAGAAAGAGAGAAGUUAACGGGCAGAGUUCUAUUUUAUAAUGAAGCACGCCAUGCUCGCGGAUAUCUCGUCACCGUUUUAAGAACUAAACCAAAAGACAAG